CAGCACCUGUCAAAAAAAAAAGACACAACAAAACGCAAACUUUGGACUUUAAAUAUGAUAAUAAUGCAGAAUGACACUUUUUAAGAAAGUGUGCUUAGUACUAAGUAUAAUUUUAUUUAGCAUAAUUACUAUUGUGAUUAUUCGAACCUUAACGAUAAACACGAGAGAUCUUGCUGUGUCAGAGUGCUCUCCAUCAGACCUUGAUUUCAUUGAAGUGGGCCUUGAAUCAAAAGCUUUGCAGAGAUUUCGAGAUGCUUUGAGAAUUCAAACAGUUUCUAGACAGCCACACGACUAUAACAGAAAUGAACUGGCACAGUUAGUGCAGUUCAUUAUUUCAGCUUACCCUGAGCUACAUGCCUCUCCCUUGAUAGAGUAUGAGACUGUGGCCAAUCUGAGUCUCCUGUACACAGUGAGGGGCUCUAACAAGCAGCUCAGACCCUACCUGUUGAUGGCCCACCUUGAUGUUGUUCCUGCAGAGCCAGGCAACUGGGAUACAGACCCGUUUUCAGCUGAGAUUAAGGAUGGAUUCAUUUAUGGAAGAGGAAGCAUUGAUUUCAAGCAUGGUGUUAUGGGGAUCCUUGAGGCUCUGAACUUCUAUGUGUCACUAGGCAAGCAGCCUGAGAGAGGAUUCUAUGUUGCCUUUGGACACGACGAAGAGGUGUCAGGUCUUGAUGGAGCCAAGGCCAUCAGUGAUGCACUGUGGGAAAGAGGUGUGCACAAACUGGAGUUCCUAUUGGAUGAGGGUCUCACAGUGACCAAUCAGAUCAUACAGGGACUCAAGGAGCAGACGGCACUUAUAGGUGUUUCUGAGAAGGGUUAUCUUCACCUUGAGUUGAAGGUUGUGGGUGAGCCAGGCCACUCCUCCAUGCCUCCUCCUGAGUCCACUAUAGGUAUCCUAGCAACAGCUGUCUCUAGGCUAGAGAGGAACCCACUCCCCAGCAUGCUUGGCUACGGACCAGAGAGAGACAUGUUUGAACAUCUAGCACCUCAUAUGCAGCUCCCAUUCAAGAUGGUCAUGGCUAACUUGUGGUUAUUCAAGCCAGUUGUUUCAUGGCUGAUGUCCAAGAAGCCAGUGACCAAUGCAAUUAUCAGGACUGUCACAGCUGUCACCAUGUUCCAGGCAGGGAUUAAGUUGAAUGUGAAUGCACCCGAGGCCACUGCUUAUGUGAAUCACCGCAUACAUCCAGCACAGAGUGUUGCAGAGGUGAUUGAGUAUGAUCGUAGAAUCAUCAACGAUGAUCGCGUCAAGAUCCGUGUGGUGUCUUCUAUGGAACCCCACUCCAUAUCCCCCAGCGGAGAGGAAGACUUUGGCUAUCAGACCGUCAAGAACAGCAUCAGGCAGAUCUGGAACAGGACUCUAGUUGCCCCUGGAACCAUGAUAGGGAACACAGACACUCAUCAUUACCUUAGAAUGUCGUCCAAUGUUUACCGCUUCAGUCCCACUGUGAUGUAUCCCGGCGACACACAACGUUUCCAUGGCGACAAUGAACGGAUAUCAGUGAAAAACUAUGAGCAGGCGGUGAAUUUCUACUACCAUGUAAUGGUCAAUGCAAACAAGGGAAAAAUUAACCUAAGUCAUUCCCAUGGUGAAUUGUGAUAUGUAGACAUUUUAAUAUGUUUGAUUUCUUUUCCUUUUAUUUUUGUGCCAUAAAAUACAUGCCUUA